AACCACCAAAAAAAUGCCCCAAAAAAAUAAACAAAAUUCCUCAUCGAUUGCUUAAGUGGGUGUAGCAAAAAAUUGCUUAGCCGGGAGAGUCAGAGAGAGGGAGAGGUGUAAAGCAAUGGCGCUCUCCGCGUCUGACCUACCAGCCAUGUACUCUCUGCUGACCAACUCAUUGAGUGGUGACGAUAGUGUGCGCAAACCGGCAGAGGCGGCGCUCUCUCAGUCGGAGGCCAGGCCUGGUUUCUGCUCUUGUCUCAUGGAAGUCAUAACUGCCAAGGAUUUGGUACCGCGUGUAGAUGUUCGCUUGAUGGCUUCAGUGUAUUUCAAGAAUAGUGUUAAUCGCUAUUGGAGGCACAGGCGUGAUUCCUCGGGAAUCAGCAACGAGGAGAAAAUACAUCUUAGACAAAAACUUUUAUCACACUUUAGAGAAGAGAACUAUCAGAUAGCGCAAAUGUUGGCUGUGCUCAUUUCCAAAAUUGCUCGUAUAGAUUACCCCAAAGAAUGGCCAGAGCUCUUUUCUGUUUUAGCACAGAAGCUUCAAUCAACAGAUGUUCUUUCUUCCCACAGGAUUUUUUUGACUCUCUUUCGAACUUUGAAGGAAUUGUCCACUAAGCGACUGAUCUCAGACCAAAAGAACUUCGCAGAGAUAUCAUCUCAUUUCUUUGAUUAUAGCUGGCACCUUUGGCAGAGCGAUGUGCAAACAAUAUUGCACGGUUUUUCUACUCUUUCUGAAAGCUACAACUCAAAUACAUUUGAGCAACAUCAGGAUGAGCUUUAUCUAACUUGUGAGCGAUGGCUGUUGUGCUUAAAGAUAAUACGCCAGUUAGUAGUUUCAGGGUUUCCAAGUGAUGCAAAAUGUGUACAGGAGGUCCGGCCAGUGAAGGAGGUCUCGCCCGUGCUCUUGAAUGCCAUUCAGUCAUUUCUUCCAUACUAUUCUUCCUUUCAGAAAGGACAUCCUAAAUUUUGGGACUUCCUAAAGAGGGCAUGUACCAAGCUGAUGAAGGUUUUAAUUGCGAUUCAAGGAAGGCAUCCUUACUCAUUUAGUGAUAAAUGUGUCCUUCCAACUGUAGUCGAUUUCUGUUUAAAGAAGAUAACAGAGCCUGAACCAGAUGUGUUAUCGUUUGAGCAGUUUCUUAUUCAAUGUAUGGUAAUGGUUAAGUGUGUGUUGGAAUGUAAAGAGUACAAGCCAAGUCUCACUGGUCGGGUGAUGGAUGAAAACGUGGUUACACUGGAGCAAAUGAAGAAAAACAUAUCUGGUGCAGUCAGUGGUGUCUUGACUUCUCUUAUGACAAGUGAACGUAUAGUGGUCUUGUGUAACAUAUUAAUAAGAAGGUAUUUUGUUCUAUCAACAAAUGAUUUGGAGGAGUGGUACCAGAGUCCUGAAUCUUUCCAUCAUGAGCAGGAUAUGGUUCAGUGGACAGAAAAAUUAAGGCCAUGUGCUGAAGCUUUAUACAUUGUUCUGUUUGAAAACCACAGCCAGCUCCUAGGUCCUGUUGUGGUUUCCAUCCUUAAAGAGGCAAUGAAUGGUUGCCCAACUUCAGUGACUGAAAUAACCCCAGGGUUGCUUCUUAAAGAUGCUGCUUAUGGUGCUGCUGCAUAUGUUUACUACGAGCUCUCAAAUUAUCUGAGCUUUAAAGAUUGGUUUAAUGGUGCAUUAUCCCUUGAACUCUCAAAUGAUCAUCCAAAUAUGCGUAUCAUCCAUCGGAAAGUUGCACUAAUAUUGGGACAAUGGGUUUCUGAGAUUAAAGAGGACACAAAAAGGCCAGUUUAUUGUGCUUUGAUCAGAUUGCUACAGGACAGGGACCUAUCUGUUAGGUUAGCAGCCUGUAGGUCUCUGUGUUUGCAUAUUGAAGAUGCUAGCUUUUCCGAAAGAGAAUUCAUCGACCUUCUCCCUAUCUGUUGGGAGUCAUGUUUUAAGUUGAUUGAGGAGGUUCAGGAGUUUGACUCAAAGGUUCAGGUUUUGAACUUGAUUUCUAUUCUUAUUGGACACAUGAGUGACGUUAUGCCAUUUGCAAACAAGCUGAUUCUAUUUUUUCAGAAGGUUUGGGAGGAAUCUUCCGGUGAAUGUCUUCUGCAGAUUCAACUUCUUGUUGCUUUGAGAAACUUUGUGGUUGCACUUGGCUACCAGUCGCCAAUUUGCUAUGACAUAUUACUGCCUAUUCUGCAAAAGGGAAUUGAUAUAGAUAGCCCGGAUGAACUCAAUCUUCUAGAGGACAGCAUGCUGUUAUGGGAAGCCACACUUUCUCAUGCUCCUUCGAUGGUGCCUCAACUACUAGCAUACUUCCCUUGUGUAGUAAAAAUCAUGGAAAGAAGUUUCGAUCACUUGCAGGUUGCUGUCAAUAUAACUGAGGAUUACAUUAUCUUAGGCGGAUCUGAAUUUCUAAGCAUGCAUGCUUCAAGUGUUGCUCAAAUUCUAGAUCUGGUUGUUGGAAAUGUCAAUGAUAGAGGACUACUUUCAACUCUUCCUGUCAUUGAUAUUCUAAUACAGUGUUUCCCGUUAGAAGUGCCCCAAUUGAUCAGCAGUACAUUACAAAAAUUAAUUGUUAUAUGUUUGAGUGGAGGCGACGACCAAGAUCCUUCUAAGACAGCUGUUAAAGCAUCUUCAGCUGCCAUCCUGGCAAGAAUUUUGGUCAUGAAUACCAAUUACCUAGCCCACUUGACAUCAGAACCAUCACUUUUGUUGCUCCUUCAGAGUUCGGGUAUCCCAACUGAGGAAAAUGUACUUCUUUGUCUUGUUGACAUAUGGCUUGACAAGGCAGACAAUGUAUCUUCCAUCCAAAGGAAGACAUAUGGCUUAGCUCUUUCUAUAAUUCUGACAUUAAGACUUCCUCAAGUCCUCAACAAACUUGAUCAGAUCCUGAGUGUGUGUACAACUGUAAUUUUGGGUGGCAAUGAUGACUUAACAGAGGAGUCAAGUGGUGAUAAUAUAACCUCCAGCGGAUCCCUUAGUAAGGGCACCAUUCCGAGUAAAGAAUUCAGAAGAAGACAGCUCAAGUUUGCAGACCCUAUCAACCAAAUGUCUCUAGACGCUUCUGUGAGGGAAAAUCUUCAAACAUGUGCUACCCUUCAUGGAGAAUCUUUUAAUAAGGCCAUUGGAUGCAUGCAUCCCUCAGCAUUUUCACAAUUAAAGCAGGCAUUAAAGAUGGCGUAGCUGGCUUUCAUACCUUUUAUGUUUCUAAUUGAUUGGUGGUUUCCUGUUCAAGCCCUUCAUAUUUUCCUUGUUCUCCAAUGUGAAAACAAUAUGAGGUGAAUGAAGUUUGAAGCUUCCGGAUUGCUGGUCCCUAUAUUCAUUGGUUUUAAAGUUUUUUGGGCUGGAUUUUGAUGUCCGAUUGUAUCUUGAAUUUCAUUUCCAUAUGCUCUCUUAGGCAACAAGAGAAUGUAUAUAGCUUGUCAAUCUUUUGUCCUUGGAUGUGCACAGGGUUUUACGGCAUUGAUUCCAUUGACAUGAAAUUGAAAAUUAUAGAAAUGAGAAAGAAAAAAAAUACACGCAAAAGCGAUUCAUGGACAA